AUGAGUGAAUCCAAGACAGGAUCAAGGCUCGCUGGUAAGGUUGUCAUCAUCACUGGCGGUGGACAUGGCUUUGGCGAAGGAAUCGCCCGGAAGUUCGCUCAGGAGGGUGCCAAAGUCCUGAUCACCGACAUCAACGAGGACGACGGGCAAAGAGUCGCCCGAGACGUGCCGGACUCGAUAUCCUUCUUCAAGGCGGACGUGACGAGCGCAGAGGACUGGGAGGAGCUGAUGGACGCGGCGCAGUCGCGAUAUGGGCGGAUCGAUUGCCUCAUCAACAACGCCGGCACCACGUACAGGAACAAGGUUCGGGCCGCUGACCACACCACUCGCCCCACCCUGGAGGUGACCGAGGCCGAGUUCGACAGGGUCUUCAACGUCAACGUCAAGGGCAUCUUCCUCGGGACUGCGGCGUUCAUGCCCCGGGUCAUCAAGCAGGGUGAGGGCGGUGUUAUGCUGAACAUUGCCUCGAUUGGGGCGGUGCGCCCUAGACCGGGUCUCGUGUGGUACAAUGCCUCCAAGGGAGCGGUGUGCACGGCAACGAAGGGGCUCGCGGCCGAGUAUGGUGCCCACCAGAUUCGUGUGAACUCGGUGUGUCCUCUACUGAGCGGAACGGGACUGUUCGAGUCAUUCGCCGGCCAGGCCGACACCCCCGAGAACAGAUCAAAGUUCACCGACAACGUCCCUCUCCGGCGACUUUGCGAGGCAGCAGACGUAGCGGAUGCUUGCCUGUUCCUAGCCUCUGAUGAAAGCAAGUUCAUCACCGGCAUCAAUCUGGAGGUCGAUGGUGGCAGAGCCAUCUGA